CGGCGGGGCUUCCUGUCUGGGCUUGGCUGCAGAGGAGGAGUUGUAGUGUUGGAAGUGGGGCAAACCGGUGUUAGGGUGUUCUGUGUGUUCGUAUGGCUCUGGGUAACAGGCGGUGGUGGCAAAUAGGGAGGAUGCUGCGGACCUGAACCGAUAGCCUCUGGGUGUCAGCCCCGCCCUAGCCAUGAGUGAUAUAAACAAGACUCUGCAGAAAUGGCUCGCCAGCUUCAGGAAGGGCACGGACUUUGACUCGUGGGGUCAGCUAGUGGAGGCAAUUGAUGAGUACCAGAUAUUAGCGAGGCAUUUACAAAAAGAAGCUCAGUCUCCCGCCAACUCCUCUGAUUUUACAGAAGAUCAGAAGAAAACAAUUGGAAAAAUUGCAACAUGCUUAGAACUACGAAGCGCUGCCUUACAGUCCACACAGUCAGAAGAAGGUUUCCAACUUGAGGAUGUAAAGCAAUUAGAACCAAUUCUUAAUAACAUUCUUACCUACAACAAGGAAUUUCCUUUUGAUGUCCAGCCGGUUCCAUUAAGGAGGAUUUUAGCACCUGGAGAAGAGGAGAAUUUGGAAGUAGAAGAUGAGGAAGGUGGAGCUGGACUGGGGUCCCAAGACUCAUUUCCUGCCCGUGUGCCAGGAGCCAUACAAGGUACACUUUUACCAAGACUACCAUCUGAGCCAGGGAUGACGUUACUCACUAUUAAAAUUGAAAAAAUUGGUUUGAAGGAUGCAGGACAAUGCAUAGAUCCAUACAUAACUGUUAGUGUUAAGGAUUUAAAUGGCAUUGAUUUGACUCCAGUGCAAGACACCCCAAUGGCAACACGGAAAGAGGACACAUAUGUUCAUUUUAACGUAGAAAUUGAAAUCCAGAAACACGUUGAAAAACUCACAAAAGGGGCAGCUAUUUUCUUUGAAUUCAAGCACUACAAGCCCAAGAAGAGGUUUACAAGCACUAAGUGCUUUGCCUUUAUGGAAAUGGAUGAAAUUAAAUCUGGUCAGAUUGUGAUAGAGCUGUACAAGAAACCAACUGACUUUAAAAGGAAAAAACUACAGUUGCUAACAAAAAAGCCUCUGUACCUUCACCUACACCAAACCUUGCACAAGGACUGACCAUUUUUGUGUCUUCCAUCUCUGUAAAUGGAACUGCUUGGCACAGUUCUCACACAGACUGUCACACAUGAAGGUCACACGGUCUGGUCUUGAAGGAUUAUAUACAAUAUUGUUUAAGUAUCAUUUGUAUACAAGUUAUUCUACAAAGCAGCUAGAUUUCAUUGGAGCAAUGUCUCCCCUUUGGUCACAUUUCUAUAAAACUACAGCAAUAAUAAGACAUUACUAUUUAGUUGUAUUUGUUAUUUGCCCCAGGGUGGUUGUCCUCUUCCAUGAUCUAUAGAGUUGAAGGACAUUGGUGACUGGCUCACUUGUGUAUAUACGUACGUGCCCAUCCAGUAUAGACAUUUUAGGCAUGUUUUCCGAAAAAUUACAUAUAGCAUUACAUUCCUGAAAUGUUUAUUACAAGUCUCACAUAAUACUCUGCAUAAAAUCCCCUGUAUCUCUGUAUGAGAUGUGGUUGGUUCGCCCUCCCACAUACACGCACUAUUUUUUAUCUUUUUUCAAAUAACUUUAUUAAUAAAUACAUUUUAUACCAUUAUCAUUUGCACAUCAGAAUAGUUUGUAAGGGAAUCGUUUUUUUGUGUUUUUUUGUUUUAUAAUAUUUAAUCACCUUUCCCUAUUUAGAUAAAUGUGUUCAGUUUACAGGUAAAACUGAAUGAAAUGAUUCCACAUUUUAUACUAGAGAACAUAAUGAAUAACUGGAUCAACUACAGUAUCUGAUUUGCGUCUGAUUUUUUUAUUUUAUUUUUUUUAGAUUUUGUUGAUUUUGUGUUUUAAUUAAGUAUUGGGGGUUAAUCAAGUCAGAAGACCUUUCCAUGCAUGUCCUGUCUCUGAGUGCAGAUUCAUUAUGUGAUUGUCUAAUUCCUAGCUGCUGGCAUAUGCAAGAUAUAAUCAGAACUAACAAAUGCACAGCUCCAUGUAACACUAAAAUGAGGACAUAUGGUCACAUUCCUCUAUUCCCUUGUAUGUAAAACUGUUGAUCCCCAUCAUCAAAUGUACACAUUUAUGGAAGGUCAUGUAUAUUUUUUCUUGUUUCAGUUCUAUGUUGUUUAAAAAUAAUAAAAUAGUUUUUUUGUUUUAUAAUUCA